CACCAUCUAAAUGAGCCAUUAUACAAGCUCUACCCGGCCGCCUAGGAGAAACGCCUAACCCUAGGAUCUCUCAGAUCAACGUUCUUCUGUAAAAAGUUGACUAUUUUGGCCUCAACUCUUCGCCUUCUACGAAGAGUAACCGAGGUGUUUUUAGGCAACUGAGGAUGUCUCCUUGCUACGCAUACCCGCCUCCAGGGCUUGUGAGGAGAACGGGGUUGUUGAUCGAUUCGAUUAAGCUCCAAAGAGAAAGGGAGAAUGUCAAAACAGAAAUUAAGGAGGAGAAGAAGAGAGAAAAGAAGGAGAAGAAGAGAGAAAAGAAGGAGAAAAGGAGAGCACAGAAAGGAAAGGAGAAACCCACUGAUACUGGUGAUGGCAAAAUAAUAAAGCUUAAUUAUGAUAAGUAUGACCUACCAGAGCAAAGUAGAGCAGGUGGGUAUUUUCAAAAGAGUAUUGAAGAUGAGGCUGAACCGUUGGAAUACAGUGGUCUUACUGAAGAACAUGAGCAGCCGAUCCGUUCUCCAAAUGUUAGUUCUGAAAGCACUUGGACAGGCAACAAGAGGAAAAGGGAUUCCUCCCCCACUGGUAGCAUCCGCGUUCAUGGAACCAUUAUUAGGAUUCGGCUGCCUAUGAAAAAGCAUAAAGUAUCUGAACAGUUGUGCUCUACUUCUGGAAGGGAAGAUUUUCUUGCUCCACAGAAGAAUGCAAAUGUCAAAGUACCCAAUCAAGAACAGUGCUGGUCUACAGCCUCUACUAAUGCAGAGGAAAAUCUCUUUGCUGAGGAGUUGUCCUGUCCAGUGCCAGGGAGGAUUGAAAUGAACUCAUAUAAAAAUGAGAUUCAGAGGACAGAAUCACCAUAUGAAGCCUUAAUUAAGAACUGGGUUCCACCUUCACUUCAGUGCGAAGGAAACGACUUUGAUGAUGAAGAAUGGCUCUUUAGGCCGAAGCAGGAAGACAGACAUGGGUCUAAAAGAUUUAAAGCUGGCAAUAAUGUUUCUUGCGGUGAAAGUCCCACGUUGUGGCCACAUGCCCAUUACUUGCCCGAGGCUGACAUAUAUGCAUUGCCCUAUACGGUUCUAUUUUGAUUUUUUUUUUUUUUUUUUUUUUCCAGCACUCCAGCGGCAUGUACAGUAAAGUUGUAUUGAGCACUUGAGAUGAGGUUUUGAUAAUAUUCUAUGGUGCUCGACUUUUUGCAAAGAGCAUCGAAAACUGUUGCUGAUCUCCAUCUAUAUCUUCAUAUAGAAUGGAUAAUUAAGGGAGCACUGAUUCAAUGUUUUAAUGUAAUAUUAUCUUACCUUAAAAAAAAUAAAAAAUAGAAAAAAUAAAGAGAAGUUGAAGUUA